AAAUAUCUAUAUGGAAACACGAAUAGUCGGUGCAGGGCGUUUGAGCGUGACAGUACGCACUACGGAGAUCAAAAAGUAUAAAAAACUUAAAUAAUUUUAACACACACAUUGUCAUGCACAUACAUACUGCAUAUAUAUCGUGAUUUGUUGGAGUAAGCAAAAAAUAAAAAAGCAAUACAACGGAUAGCUUCUUUAGAACAAAAAUUAAGCAUUUAAACAAAGUGAAUUGAAUGAAGAACUGGAUUCGCAGAAGAGAAGAGACUGAGCAUUGUCGAUAAACAACUUAAAUCUAGUGACAAUAAAAAUUUUGUUUCAAAUUUCUUGACACGCAGUAUAUUUACAUACAAAACAACUAAAAAUAACAACUAAAAACUCCGCUUAUUCGUUACGAGUGAAGUCAAACGUAUCUAAAUUUUGUGUAGCAAACAAUCAUUCAACCUAACUUGCGCAACAAUGCUGGACACGAUAGUCUACAUACCAACCAUAUUGGCGUAUGUUUUCAUUUCGCUGCUUGUCAUCAUCCUGUGCUUUAUUGUAGUCUACAUCAGCCAUAGAAUUUAUGUGUGCAUCUAUGACAAUCUGCCGGUGGCGCAUGCGGCACUUGCAAGCAUCAUGAGCAUGGACUACAAGGAAAGUGCAUCGAGCAAAAGUCAUAGUGGCAUCACGUUGCUUUCGGCAAAUAGUCUGCAAGAAAGAAAAACAAAAACAGCGCUAAGAAUCAUUGUUUCGCUAUCGCCGACCUAUCUGGCCUAUGUGACAUUGGAAGGCAAUAAAUGCAACAAGGAUAAUCAACAACAAAAUAAGUUCAUCAAGUAUUAUGAUCGCUUAUCAGAAAUACCAAUGGCUGAUCGUUCACCGACUUGUGUUAGUGAACGUCAAUUGUAUAGCAAUUCUCGCAGGGGUAAGGAGAAGCAGGAUGCCGCAUGCACUACAGCUUCGUCGAACAUUAUUGGAACAUCCACCAAUGCUGUCAUAGAAUCUAUUGGUACUUCCACAACGAGAUUGCAACUAAAUGAAGAAACGGCUAAAAAUAAUCAAGAAACAGCAGAGCGCCGCGCACCGACUUUUAGUGCACGCCCAUCGGUCACCUUUGCAAAUGCCGUUGAAGCGCUCGCAAAUAUCAAAAUAACUGCGCCAGAGGAUUCGUAGGGGCCAUGAUUACCAUUCUAAUUGUAUGAUAUUUUACUUAUACUAUAUACCUAUAUAAAAAAUGUACAAUGGAUAUCUCUAAUACGAGUACAUUCAUACAUACAAAUAUGUAUAUGAAUUUGUGCACACUUACAUACUUACAUACAUACAUACAUUUGUACUUUAGCGGCGUUCGCUUAAGAGGUUAAUUACGGAAUUAUGCAGUUGAAAAACUUGUUUCUAUUAUUUCUAGAGUGCGGCAUGUAAAGCCAUGCGAACGCUUUAAGCUACAAAUAUGCACAGCUGUUUAUACAAUAUGAAUUUAAUUGGAUUGAUAUGCAUAAGUGCAUAUGCACAUAUAUGAGUACAUUUGUAAGAAUCUUUAAUUUUUUAAAAUUCUCGCUUAGACUUUACUCUACUUUUAAGUACUUGAACUUCCAUAUCACGAACGUUCGAAACGAUAAAUUAGCAAAAAAUUAUACUGGUUUCAAACUGAAAAUUGCAAAUAUUUAUAACAUUAUUUUUAAUAUAUUAAUUAAUAUUAUAAUAUAUUAUAUUUAUUUUUAUUUAAAAAAUACUUAAAUAUCGCGCGUUUGCUGGUUGAGUUUCAUAUUUCUAAAAAAAGAAUAAAUCGACAAAAUCAGCUUUAGAGCUUUCAAUUUACUUUAUAAGCAAAAAUAAACCUAUCUUCUUCCAAUUGCUUACAUAGCGUACGAGGGUUACCUUCUCCACCUUUGCGACCAAAAAUGAAAACAAAGUAAAAUCUUAAUGAAAAUGGCUUUAUUGCUUUUCAAAAUAUUCUCCUUGGAAGUCAAAACACUUCUUCCCCCGCUUCAACCCAUUUUCAAAGCAUUUUUACACUCAGAAGUGGAAACCUUCAAAAUGAACUGCUUGAAGGCAUCAACAGUUUCUUCAGGUGUUGACCUCGAAUUUCAUUUUUGAUAUUCGGGAACAACCAAAAGAUAUCGUUAAGUGCUAAAUCAGAGCUGUAAGACGGUUGACCUAUUAAUUUGAGCUUUUCAUUGCGCAAAAACUCUCUUGUGUGAACCGGUGAGUGAGAGCCCGCAUUGUCUUGGGUGGAGGGUGAUGGUUGUUGUUGUUGUAGCAGUAAUAGAAGCCCCGUCAGUGUAGAGUAUAUCACCGGUCAUCUUCGUCAGGAUCACCUAAAGGUAGGCCCAGCCCAGGAAACAUGAUGUUUCGGCAGGUUGGGUCCAGAGGGACAGGGGUGCUAGAUGAGUGGUUUUUAAAGGGCAUGUGAAAAGGUGGUUAGUGUCGUGCGGGGUGCCUUCACAUGCCGGACAUAUGUUUGGGGGGUUAAUUCUGGAUAAGUAGGAGUUUAACCUGCUACAACAUCCAGAACGUAAUUGUGCCAGUGUUACGCGUGUCUCACGGGGAAGCUGGAGCUCUUCAUCUGCAAUAGGUGGUGGUUGGACUCCGAUUACGGCAUUCACUGCACGGGAGCUUAUGAAGGUGGUAAGAAUCUCCCGGUGAAUGUCGUUUAAUGUCUGUCUAAACACUGUUUGGUCGUGUAGGUGUCUGUUUGUUUUGUUCUGGAUCUCGUCGGCAUAGUGUAGUAGGUGUCUCCUGACGUGCCUGGGAGGCGUCUCUGGCUCAAGCAGGUGUCUGCAAUGGUGAAACCUACGGUAGCACCCUAGCAGGAACUGCUUGCUAAGCAGUUUGUUAUGCUACUUAACAGGUAGCAUAUUGGCCUCGUUGUGAAGGCAUUGUAUUGGAGACAUCAGGAGGCAGCCCGUCGCUGUCCGAAUGGCAGUGUUUUGGCAUGUCUGGAGCUUUAUCCACUGCAUGUCACUGGUUCCACGCGACCAGAUAGGCGCAGUAUAGUUUAGAACCGGCCGGCCAAUUGCCUUAAAUUUCUAUAGCAACAAUUCUUUGUCUUUUCCCCAAGUAAUGCCGGCAAGCGCUUUGAGGACUUUGUUGCGAUUUUGGACUUUAGUGGCAAUUGCGGUUGUAUGCGCUGAGAAUGAGAGCAAACUGUCGAAGGUUACAGCCAAAAUUUUGGGAUUGUUUACCGUCAGAAUUGGUUGGUCAUCGACUUUUACCUCGAGAGGAAUUUUGACCUCUUUUGUUCAGGUGGUAAAGAGGGUCGCUGUGGACUUAGUGGGGGAAAGUUGAAGAUUCCUCGCAGUGAAAAAGCUAGAAAGAUCGGUGAGGUAGUUGUUCACUUUGGACCACAGGCCAUCGAUGUCAUUUCCCGACGCCAUUAUCGUGUGGUCGUCAGCGUAUGUGACCAGGGAUACUCCCUCUGGUGGUUGGGGGAGUUUCGAGUUGUAGAAGUUGAACAGCAAGGGUGUAGGGACACCACCCUGCGGAACAUCUUGCUUAAUCUUCCUCUGUUUAGAUGUAUGGUCACGAAAACUCACUGACGAGUGACGACCGCUCAGAUAGUUGGCGGACCACCUCUUCAGCCCUGGCGGGAGUGUCGACUGAUAAAUGUCAUCUAGUAGCGUGGAAUGGCUGACUGUGUCGAAAACCUUGUUCACGUCCAACGCUACUAGGACAGUACUCUCGCAGGGGCGGUUUUGGUUAAGCCCGCGGUUUAUCUGGGCGUUUAUGGCGGUGAGUGCAGUGGUGGUGCUAUGCACUCGUCGGAAGCGGUGCUGAUGUGGGGCUGGGGCCAGAUGUUUCGUAAAGAGUAGGAGUAGGAGGGCUUCAAGUGUCUUCACUACUGGGGAAAAGAGAGUUAUCGGGUGAUAAGAUUCCCCUUGGUUGGCGGGUUUCCCAGGAUUCAGUAGUGGGACCACUCUCCCUGCUUUCCACUUCUCAGGGAUGAUGAGAGUGGCCAAGGACAGAUUGAAUACACUUGUGAGAAAUCCUACUCCCAAUGGUCCCAGGUGCUUCAGCAUCAGAGUGUUCAGUCCGUCAGGACCAAUGGCUUUUGAUGAUUUAGCUUUAUUGAUGGCCCCCUGAACCUCAUCGCUGGAAAAAGUAAGUGGCACACUGUCGCUCGUCAGUUUGUGCAGCCGUCUGGUGGCACGACGCUUGGUUCUGUCGGCCGUAGGAUGCAGUGUAAAAAGUCAGCUAAAAUAGCUCGCGCAUCUCUUCGGGUCCGACGAAGUACAACCGUUGAAGGUCAUUGCCACCUUGUCGUUGUGCUUCGUCGGGUUGGAGUUAGGAGGGUGAUUCGUCUUCGGCGUUUGAUUUCCCUUAAUUCUCCAAAAACUUGUGGCAAACCAAAUGGUUGUGUACCACUGUACAAAUUUACCAUUUUAAGCUUCUCUAGAAGUACAGUUACGAUAUGACUACUGUUUCUUCCGCGCCAAUCUUCCUGAUUCCUAUUUUGUUUUUGGGUGAUUUUGAUAUCAAAGGCGUACUUUGAAUCAUCACGGCUAAAUUUUUUCAACAUUUUCUUAUACCAAACGACACGAGUCCUUUUUUGGGCGAUCUCACAGCAGUCGGCUGUAC